AUGUGCUACAGAAGUGUGUCAGUGCAGGGGACGGGUGUAUCGGUGACCGACCAGUCUCAAGAGAAUGGCAGCUCAACCUACUCUUUCGGUUGGGACUCCACUAAAGUGGACGCCAACAAGAAGAAGGACAGAACCAAAGUGCAACUGAUGCUGCAAUUCCAGGGCGGCCUCACGUGUGUCAUCCCAUUGCAGGUCAAGUUCUACAACAAGGAGGACACACAGCACCUGACGUGGGGAACACCACUCCAUCACAUCGACUACGAGUGUGUUGUGAAACCGGGACAGACGUACGUGGAUAUCGUGAAAACCAUCUUCAGAUGA